AUGCCGCUUGUCUCUGCUAUGGCAUUCUAUGUUCUUGCAGCCGCUCUCCUGUUUACUGAGCUGGAUUGCGGCCAUCACUCGCCCAGACGUUAUGGCCGCGCGCACGCUUGGAACUGCGUCCCACACGGCCACGCAACGUACGAGGGAGACUCGGAUAACGUCUUCGUGCGCAUAUCUCACGACCGGCCCAUUUUGGUCCCGACCCGCGGCGAUCACCCGCAGAUGCCGGUCGGCGUCGUGAAUGACGACGACGACCCCAUCCAGACCAACAAGUUCUACGCCAACUUCUUCGCCGGCAACCAGGACAACGCCACCUGGACGCACCCAUACUCGGUCUGGUGGUCCAAUGACACGGUCAAGCACGGCCACGGGCUGUCCGUCUCACAAACGGACCGCAACGAUUUCCUGUACGGUCCAGGAACCCCCUCAAAGUCGUUCCAAGAGCCUUUCUUCCAGCAAUCGAUUGCCCUCUCUGCGCAGGAGCUCCAGAACGGCACGGUUUUGACGACGGACACAUUGACGGCUUUCGCCGUCAAUGUCAACCUCGCGCCUGCGAAGGGCGCGAAGCCGGUUGUCUCGUUUCCCCUCGUCCAAGGGAUGGCGUUCGUCACGGGCGUUUACAGCAACGCCACCGUUCUCAUCCAGUCUCAGAAGCAGUUUUCAAAUAUUACCGGCCUUCGGCUGGGUUCCAACGGAACGAGUGCCGCCGUUUAUGGCUGGAGUGCUCGGCUGAAUGAUGGGUCGACCUGGAUGAUAUAUCUCAGCCCGAGAGAAUUCUCACAAGGACCAGCUCUCGAACUAGUGGACAAGGGAACACUUCUAGGCCCUUCAGGUUUCACUGGAACUGUUCAAGUCGCCAAGAACCCCCAAGGGGCAGCGGGCGCCGAGGUCUUCAACAAGGCGGCCGGAGCGUACCCCGCGGGUGCCGCCAUCUCCGGGUUCGUUUCGGGGAAAAGGGGCACGUACAGACUGGCCUGGGAGAAGAGGGGCGUCGCACAAAGCCCCUUGCUAAUGUUUGCCUUGCCUCACCACGUCAAGUCCUUUGACGAGAAGACCGCCAAGGGAGUCACAAACGUCACCUUGGCCAGCACCACCAAGGGGAUCGCAACCGCCACGUUUGCUGAUGCCUUCACCAUGGUUGAGGACAACCUUCCGAUCGACAUCGGCUUCGAUCCGUGGUCGCCUCGUCUGGGCUCCGUUGGGUCCAGAAACGCAUCGGGCGGCACGAUUUCGGACGAGGCCAAAGCCUCCGUUGUCGAGGCCGCAAAGAUUGAGCUUGGUCGCGACAUCAUCCAACUCACCAAUUUGACUUCGAAAUACUACGGUGGGAUCGCCUUCUCCGUGUACGCAAGGGCGCUCUACGCCGUCCACGAGAUAGCCGGAGAUCCCUCGUUCAAGGAUGAUGCACUGCGCAAGCUAGAAGCCGCAUUUGACCGCUACAUUAACAAUCUGGAGCCGAACCCACUGGUCUACGACGACGUCUGGAAAGGCAUCGUCUCCUCCGGGUCGUACGGCAACAACGACUCGUCGAUCGACUUCGGCAACACGUACUACAACGACCAUCACUUCCACUACGGCUACUAUGUCUACACCGCCGCCGUGAUCGCACACCUGGAUCCGUCCUGGCCGACGAGAAGCGACGGCCUCAACAAGCUUUGGGUGGACAACCUGAUCCGCGACUGGUCCAACCCCUCGGCAGAGGACCCCUUCUUCCCCUUCUCCCGCGCCUUCGACUGGUUCCACGGCCACAGCUGGGCCCGCGGCGUGAUCGAGGCGCCCGACGGCAAGGACCAGGAGUCGACCGGCGAGGACGCCUUUUCGACGUACGCCAUCAAGAUGUGGGGCCGCGCCACCGGCGACGCCCGCGCCGAGGCCCGCGCCAACCUCCAGCUGGCCGUCACCGCCCGUAGCCUGCGGUCGUACUUCCUCAUGGCCAGCGACAACGACGUGCAGCCGCCCGCCUUCGUGGGUAACCGCGUGGCCGGCAUCCUCUGGGACCGGAAGGCCAACCACACCACCUACUUCGGCGAUCAGAUCGCCUACAUCCAGGGCAUUCAUAUGCUGCCGAUCGUGCCCAGCAGCGCUUACUCCCGUCCGGCUUCAUUCGUGCGGGAGGAGUGGGAUCAGUACUUCGCCGGGAACAAAAGCGGCUCCCUGACGUCGGGAGCCUUUGCCGGGCACGUUUACGUCAACCUCGCUAUCGCGGAUGAGCCAGGGGCGGCGGAGAGUUACCGGUUCAUGACGAGUCUGACGCCGAACAGCCCUUACCUUGGUGGGGUCAGCCUAGCAUGGGACAUCGCAUACACGGCCGCCCUAGGCGGGAGCUUAUACCCCAACUCUACUGCCAACUCAACAAUCGGGACAUAA